AAAUUAACAACUCGAAUUGUGUGGUCUAUUCUUACCGAGGUACUUUGUUUUGUUUUUACUGUUGCAUUGGUCAUGAUUAAUACCUCUCAAAUACCAGCUCUAUUCUUCUGGUCAACUCUAUGCAUUAUAGUAUUGUUAAAUAUGGCAAAUGGUAUUUACAACAGUUCUGUUUUUGGAAUGGCAGCUAAGCUCCCCGCAAAAUAUAUUGGUGCUGUAGUUCUUGGUACAAAUUUAAGUGGUACAUUUACAUCUAUUGCUAACAUUGCAUCAAUUUCAAUAACUCCAGAUGCUCGAACUGCUGCUUUAUAUUAUUUUACCACAGCACUGUUGGUGUUGAUUACUUGUUUGAGUACAUAUUUUGCAUUGCCAUUGAAUAAAUUUUAUAGGCAUUAUGAACUCAUUUAUCAACGAGAAAUUGAAAAUCAAGAUUCAAAACGAGCCGGAAAAGAUGAUAAAGUUCCUUAUUGGCGUGUUUUUAAACAGGCCAGUCCACAAUUAUUUAAUGUAUUUUUUAUAUUCUUUGUAACUCUUUCAAUAUUUCCAGCAGUAUAUUCAGAUAUUAAAAUGUCAAGUAAAGAUUUUCUUUUUGGAGAAAAAUAUUAUACCAGUGUAAUGUGUUUUUUGACAUUCAAUGUGUGUGCACUUAUUGGAACAUAUAUUUCUACAUUGGUUUCAUGGCCAAAGCCAAAAUGGCUUUUUAUUCCUGUGGUACUGAGAGUUAUUCUUAUUCCAUUAUUUUUGAUUUGUAAUUACCACCCAAUUGGUGUUACAAGAAUAAUGCCAGUGCUAAUAAAAAAUGAUUAUGUAUUUUGGGCAUUAUGAGCAAUCCUCGGUUUAUCUAGUGGUUAUUACAGUUCUGUAGCGAUGAUGUAUACUCCAAGGUAAA